UAAAAGUCGAAAGGCAGCCAUGGCAGCAAAUCCCAAGCCUCCUCAUCUUCUUUUCCUUCACCUUCUCUUGCUCUCCACACUUUCUUUACAGAUCACAGCAUCACCGGCAACACAAGCAGAAGCUCUUGUCAAAUGGAAAAACAGCCUCUCCCCUCUUCCCGGCCCUCUUCUAACUUCAUGGUCCCUCGCCAACCUCAACAACCUUUGCAACUGGACAAGCAUUGCCUGCAACGACUCAACCGGAACAGUCUCCGAGAUAAACCUCUCAGGUGCCAAGCUCAACGGAACACUGGCCCACUUCAACUUCACUCCGUUCCUUAAUCUCACCCGCUUCGACCUCAGCCACAACAAUCUCAGCGGACCAAUACCUUCGGAGAUAGGCCGGCUAACGGAGCUUCAGUAUGUAAGUCUUCUCGACAACCAUCUCGAUGGGACAAUCCCAUAUCAGAUUAGCAAUCUUCAAAAGGCAUGGUACAUAGACCUUGGAUCAAACUUCUUGGUAAAUCCUGAUUGGUCUAAGUUUUCUGCCAUGCCAUUGUUGACCCAUCUUGGGUUCAAUUCCAGUAAACUCGCUUCAGGGUUCCCAGGAUUUAUACUUGAUUGUAAGAACUUGACGUCCUUGGAUUUGUCCCAGAAUCACUUGACUGGACCAAUACCAGAAUCUGUAUUUACCAAUCUGGGCAAGCUUGAAUACCUUGAUCUUUCUGCUAAUUUAUUCCAAGGGCCAUUGUCACCAAACAUUUCCCACCUUUCCAAGCUCCAAACUCUUUAUCUGCAUACAAAUCAGUUCUCUGGCUCAAUUCCAUCCGAGAUUGGGAACUUGAAAGAUUUGCUGACUUUAACACUUUUCGAAAACCAGCUCUCUGGCCCAAUUCCACCGGAAAUAGGCCUAUUGACAAAGCUCCAAACUCUUCCUCUGUUUAAAAAUCAGUUCUCUGGCUCAAUUCCAUCCGAGAUUGGGAACUUGAAAGAUUUGCUGGAUUUAGAACUUUCAGAAAACCACCUCUCUGGCCCAAUUCCACCGGAAAUAGGCCUAUUGACAAAGCUCCAAACUCUUUUUCUGGAUACAAAUCAGUUCUCUGGCUCAAUUCCAUCCGAGAUUGGGAACUUGAAAGAUUUGCUGAAUUUAGAACUUUCAGAAAACCACCUCUCUGGCCCAAUUCCACCGGAAAUAGGCCUAUUGACAAAGCUCCAAACUCUUUAUCUGUAUACAAAUCAGUUCUCUGGCUCAAUUCCAUCCGAGAUUGGGAACUUGAAAGAUUUGCUGAAUUUAGAACUUCCAGAAAACCACCUCUCUGGCCCAAUUCCACCGGAAAUAGGCCUAUUGACAAAGCUCAAAAAUCUUUAUCUUAAUAAAAAUCAGUUCUCUGGCUCAAUUCCAUCCGUGAUUGGGAACUUGAAAGAUUUGCUGGAUUUAUCACUUUCAAGAAACCACCUCUCUGGCCCAACUCCACCGGAAAUAGGCCUAUUGACAAAGCUCCAAACUCUUCAUCUGUAUACAAAUCAGUUCUCUGGCUCAAUUCCAUCCGAGAUUGGGAACUUGAAAGAUUUGCUGGAUUUAGAACUUUCAGAAAACCACCUCUCUGGCCCAAUUCCACCGGAAAUAGGCCUAUUGACAAUGCUCCAAACUCUUUUUCUGGAUACAAAUCAGUUCUCUGGCUCAAUUCCAUCCGAGAUUGGGAACUUGAAAGAUUUGCUGAAUUUAGAUCUUUCAGAAAACCACCUCUCUGGCCCAAUUCCUCUGACAGUUUGGAACCUCACAAACCUUCGAGACUUGGAACUUUCCUUCAACAAUCUCACUGGCACAAUCCCACCGGAGAUUGGAAAUAUGACAUCGCUGCAGACUCUUGAUCUCAACGCUAACCAACUCUACGGGGAGUUGCCGGACACCAUUUCUCGCCUCACUAAUUUAAAGGCAAUCUAUCUUUUGACCAAUAACUUCUCGGGCACUAUUCCGAGUGACUUUGGGAAGUAUAGUAAUCUGAGCAGUGUUAUCUUUUCCAACAACAGCUUCUCUGGAGAAUUGCCACCUGAAUUGUGCAGCAGCUUUGGUCUUCAUAAUUUCACAGUUGAUAGCAACAACUUCACAGGGCCAUUGCCAGAGUGCUUGAGAAAUUGCAAGCAACUAAAGAGAGUGCGUUUUGAUGGGAACCGAUUCAAUGGAAACAUUACAAAUGCAUUUGGAUUUCAUCCAAAUCUUAGUGUGAUUUAUCUUGGUGACAAUCAAUUUGUUGGUGAAAUCUCAGCGGCAUGGGGAGAAUGUGAAUCUCUCACUGAUUUGCAGAUGGACAGAAACAGAAUCUCUGGAAAAAUCCCAGUAGAGCUUGGAAAGUUGACUCGACUGCAGGUUUUGAAACUGGACUCCAACGAAUUGUCCGGGGAAAUUCCAACUGUACUUGGAAAUCUAAGCCUGCUGUACAAGCUCAAUCUGAGCAGGAACCAUUUGACAGGAGAGAUUCCUCGGAGUCUAGACAGUUUGAGUGAACUUAGUAGUCUUGAUUUGUCUAGAAAUAGUUUGACUGGGAACAUACCAAAAGAACUUGGGAAUUGUGGUAAAUUAUUGUCCUUGGACUUGAGCAACAACAACCUGUCAGGGGUAAUACCAUCUGAGCUUGGUAACUUAGUCGCGUUGCAGACAUUGUUGGACCUCAGCAGCAAUCGACUCUCAGGAAAUAUUCCUCAAAACCUUGCGAAGCUUUCAUCAUUGGAAAGUCUUAAUGUGUCACAUAACCAACUUUCAGGGGAAAUCCCAUCAUCGUUUACCAGCAUGGUUAGUCUACGCAACACUUCCAUCGAUUUUUCAUACAACAAUUUAACUGGUUCGAUCCCAACUAGUACAGUUUUCGAAGAUGCACCUGCGAAAGCUUAUGUUGGAAACUCAGGUUUGUGUGGAGAUGGAGAAGGACUAUCUCCUUGUUACACAUAUUCCAGAAAGAAAAAACAUUCUAAUACAAAUAUAACUCUAUUAGUUGUCCUCGUUCCUAUAUGUGGCCUAUUGCUGCUUGCAAUUAUUGUUGCUAGACUCAUAAUAUGUUAUCGGAGGAAAAAAACCCUUGAUGAAGAAAGCAAAGCAAUUUUAGAGAGUGAGCAGAAGGCUGAGUCACUGAUAUGGGGAAGAAAAUGUAAAUUCACAUUUAGGGAUAUUGUGAAGGCCACGGAAAACUUCCAUGAGGAGUAUUGCAUUGGAAAAGGAGGAUUUGGAAGCGUUUACAAAGCGGCAUUGCCAACAGGUCAGAUUGUUGCAGUUAAAAGAUUUAACUUGUCGGACUCCAGUGACAUCCAAGCGGCCAGUCUUAAGAGUUUUGAGAAUGAGAUUCGUAUGUUGACAGAAGUCAGGCACCGCAAUAUCAUUAAGCUUUAUGGGUUCCGUUCCAUUAGGGGGUGCACGUACUUGGUUUAUGAAUACGUAGAGAAAGGCAGUUUGGGAAAUGUAUUGCGUGGGGUGGAAGGGAAAGCAGAACUUGACUGGGGUAGACGGCUGAAAAUCGUGAAAGGUGUGGCUCAUGCAAUUGCUUACUUGCACCAUGAUUGCUCUCCUCCAAUUGUGCAUCGGGACAUAACUGUGAACAACAUAUUGUUGGAGUUAGAGUUCGAACCGCGGCUCUCAGAUUUUGGCAUUGCAAGAUUGUUGAGUUCAUAUACUACAACUGUUGCUGGGACUUAUGGCUACAUGGCUCCGGAACUCGCAUUCACGACGAGGAUAACAGAUAAAUGCGAUGUUUAUAGCUUUGGAGUGGUGGCAUUAGAAGUUAUGAUGGGAAGGCACCCAAAGGAGCUCUUAUCUUCCCUGUUAUUGUCCAAAUCAACAACGGCAGUAUCAGACAAUACAGAAUUUCUUCUAAAGGAUGUGCUAGAUCAAGGACUCUCACAACCCACAGGCCAUAUCGCGCAAGAGGUGGCAAUUGUGGUGACUAUAGCCUUACAAUGCGUGGGUGACAAGCCAGAGUCACGACCCACCAUGAGUUUUGUGGCACAAGAACUGUCAGCUCGAAUCCAAGCUAGCUAGCAAUUCCUACCCAAUUGACAAGAUGACCAUUAGAAUUUAGCAACCUUACAACUUAGAAGCCUUUACAAAUAGAAAAAUUGGCAUUGUAAGGUGCGCUGUGAUUCGGGUUUGGUAGAGCUAUAGCGAGGCCUAGAAUUUAUUUUGCAUUAAUAUUUUCAUCCCA